AGGAGGGGCUGGGCUGCGGCGGCUCCGCUCACUGUCUCGGGGCAGGUUCACGGGGUGCUCCCAUUCCAGAGAGGAGGGGAGGCAGUGCAGUGCAGUGCUCUAUUGGCGCCUGCGCAGGGCGAUGGCGGCACCGUGGCUGGGCUGGGAGGCGCCGGGCCGGGCGCUGCGGGGCCUGGCCUGGCUGGGGCAGGAGUUCGCGGCCGACUGGGCGGCUCAGGACCUGCGGGCCGCGGUCUUCCAGCUGCUGCUGCUCUGGCUGGGCCUCAGCUUGCUGGGCAUCCACCUAGCCUGGCGGCUCCACGGAAGUCGCGUCAGCCGCCUCUGCUGCCGUCCAGGCAGAGGCGGCCAGAACGGAGGAACCCCCGCUGGUGCCUCAUAUUUCCCCACGUGGGACAGCUCAAGCAAUGAGGCUGUGAAGACGCACCGAGAGUGAGGCGUGGACGGAUACGCCGGUGGGCAGGGGUAUACCUGGGACAGCUCCACCCAUGGGCCCCAGCGCUGCCAGCCAAAGAAACUGGCUUUGCACUUUCGCUGCGUUGGAGACCGCAGCCAUGUCACCUGUGGGCUAGCCCCUGGCCAGCAGGGAGCUGUACAGCCAGCUGGCCUGUGCCCAUCCCAGCUGGCCUGUGCCCAUCCCAGCUGGCCUCUGCACAGCCGCUCAGGCAGGGCAAGCUCCUAUCUCACCCCUGCAGUCACUUCUGGGGGCAUCUGCACUGCCCCAAGCACAUCAGCCCUUCCCCCUGCCUGCCCCAGACAAAACAGGCCCCUGCAGCGGCCACAGGUGUACAUGGGGGGUGGUGUGUAGUCUGUGCCUCAGUAGUCCUUGUGCCCAGCUUAAAUCCUCCCUGAGCACAUGCCCCUGAGCCCUGCUCUGAGCCCCUCCCCCCAACUCUUGUCCACUGCUGCCCCCACCCCGAUGAGCCAAAAGCCUUCCUGUCCCCCAGCCCCUUCCCUGCUGCCAAGCCCCCUCUCUGCCCCCAGGGACUGAGACUCAUGCACCUGUACCACUUUCUGCCCCAGCGGGCAAGGUGGGAGGUCCUACUCCCUGCUGCUAGAACUCCUGUGCUCCCUGUGACCCUGGCCCCUGAGGCAACUGCAGCUGCUCCUCAGAGGGGCAGGAUUCUGCUCCUGGGCACAGGGGAGAUGCAGGGCAGGAUGGCAGCGCUGUCCCACUGGUUACACAGUGUGGGAGCAGAGAGCUGAGCUGCCCCCCACACCUGGGGUUUGGUGGUGUGGGGGGCCUUGGGGCACCACCUGGCUGCUCUUGCCCUGCGCUGUGUCUCAUAGCAGUGUUGGAGUGAUAGCCCACUGGCACCUGGGCAGUAAUGCUGCCAGCUUCCACACAGCACCCCACGUGCCAUCUGCCUGGUCCAGGUGAGGCCUUCCUAGGCCAGUGCCCUCUGCCAAGGUGCCAGCCCUUGGGAUCAGAGCAGGAACAGCAUGCCCAUGGCAAACCCAGCCUAGGGGCCAGGGUGCCCCUCAGGGCAGUAGGAAUAGCUGGACCCAGGUACUUCCAGCCCCACCUGCAGUGAGCGAGGGUAUCUCCAAGCCCAGGAAGGGGCAGGGCUCAGAGGCAGCACCUGGCUAAUGGCCUGGCAGGCACAUGGUGGCACAACUGGGCUUGGAGCCCGUUACCUGUAUCCCAGGCCUUUAGCCCCAGGGCCACCUACUGUCCUUCUGCACUCUGCCAGACCCUGGCUGAAGGCUCCUGUGACCUGCUGGCUGGAUUAAAUCCCUCUGCUGUGA